AUGUCUCUCACCGAAGUUCCAAACAGUCUAGAGGCUCUCCGUAAAGAGCAAGAGUAUGACCCUCGCCAGAGCGAGAGGUUUCAUCUAUAUCCCAAAGACAGAAUAGAGGCACUUGCAACCACAUCAGGACUAAUUGGCCUAAUGAGUGGGUUUUACGAUGGUGUGCAAAAGGCAGCUGCACGAUACUUGCUCGAAAAUGGACACCGUCUACCCAAGACUAAAGGAGGAUGGUACUUUUACCACAAGAGGAAAAAUUACGAAAUAAUUGUUGGGGGUACAUCGGUGGGAAUCAAGCGGGGAUUGAAAUAUGGCGGUGUCGUUGGCAGCUUGUUCUUACUCGAGUAUAGUUUGGACAGUAUACGAGAACAGGUUGAUUUUAUAAAUACAACGGUGGCUGCACUUAUUGGAACAACCGUUUACACCAGGUUUCAACAUUUGAGUCGUUUGCAAACAAGAAAAAUGAUCGUGAGAGGAACUACAGCCGGGUUAUUAUUGGGUAUAAUACAAGAUUCUUUAAUAUAUGCAAGGCUGGGGCAUGUAUGGUACAUUGAUGAGUACAAACGUCGAUUAAAGUGA